CACAGUUACACAGUGGUAGCAAAAGAGAGUGUAAAAACGCGGUGGAGAUGAGAUUACCGCUCUGCAACAACCGUUUCCCGCCACUGAAUUCUCUUCCGCCACCGCCUUCGCCACCGUGCCGGCUAACUACUGUUUCUCUCCACAAAGCUUCAGUUCCUCAGAAAGCCUUCAUAACUACCGGCUUCUCCGUCGCACUCUCCUUAGGCCUUCUCAUUUCUCCGCCAUCGAUUGCUUCUGAGUUCUCCUCAGACCGAUCGUCCGCCGUUUCUCUGGUGCAGACGAAUGAGGAGGAGCAGCUUGAUUGCCGCGAAGACGAGCAGGAGCUGAGUGCGGCGGCGGCGGAGCAUGAAGUGGCGAGUAAUGAGGGGAUUGUGUCGGAGGUGUGGCAGAUUGUCAAUGAUAGCUUUCUCAAUACUAGCCGUCGCUCCUGGUCUCCUGAGAUUUGGCGUAGUAAGAAAGAGGACAUCUUGAGUACAUCAAUUCAGUCAAGACCAAGAGCUCAUGAUAUCAUUAGGAGGAUGUUGGCCAGCUUGGGUGAUCCUUAUACACGGUUUCUUUCUCCUGCAGAGUUCUCCAAGAUGGCGAGAUAUGAUAUGACUGGGAUUGGAAUAAAUCUUCGGGAGGUUCCAGGUGACAAUCAGGAUGUGAAACUGAAAGUCUUAGGGCUUCUCUUGGAUGGCCCUGCCCAUAGUGCUGGUGUCAGACAGGGUGAUGAACUAUUGUCUGUUAAUGGCAUGGAUGUUAAGGGAAAAUCUGCUUUUGAAGCAUCAUCGCUCAUACAGGGUCCCAGUGGAACAAUUGUUAACAUCAUGGUCAAGCAUGGCAAAUGUGGACCUGUGCAAUCCAUUGAUGUUGAAAGACAGUCUAUUGCUCGGACCCCAGUGUUUUAUCGGCUGGAGCAGAUUGAAAAUGGUUCUACUUUAGUUGGUUAUGUGCGCCUAAAAGAAUUCAAUGCAUUGGCCAGAAAGGAUUUAGUUACUGCAAUGAAGCGACUGCAAGGCAUGGGUGCCUCAUCUUUUGUUCUUGAUCUCCGAGAUAACCUUGGUGGAUUAGUACAGGCUGGUGUUGAAAUUGCCAAACUUUUUCUAAAUGAAGGGGAGACGAUAACUUACACUGUUGGAAGGGAUCCACAGUACACACGAAGUAUUGUUGCAGAAGCUCCACCUCUAAUUACUACCCCUGUUAUUAUUCUGGUGAAUAAAAAUACAGCAAGUGCCAGUGAAAUUGUUGCUACUGCACUUCAUGAUAACUGCCGAGCUGUCCUUGUUGGGGAACGGACUUAUGGAAAGGGCCUGAUUCAAUCUGUCUUCGAGCUUCAAGAUGGGUCGGGUGUAGUUGUUACUAUUGGGAAGUAUGUCACACCAAAUCACAUGGACAUUAACGGCAACGGUAUUGAGCCUGAUUUCAGGAAUCUCCCUGCUUGGAACGAAGUCUCCAAACACCUGUCUAAAUGUCACAAGCCAAAAGACGGAUAACACCAAGGUUUCGUGGUUCCCGAGCUCUUCCACUUCAGAUCAUUAUCCAUGUCUGGAUGGAUUUAUCGCUUGGACUUCCUUCAUUGGGUUCUUUAAUUCAACCCAAAAACAAUCGUUUACAGUGAAAAGGGACGAAGAUGCAAGCAGUUGAUUAAAGUUUACUAAACCAAAAAGCCAACUGGUCAUAUGGUGUGAUCCUUGCGUGUAAAGGUUCUGGUAGAAGAAAUCUGCCGAUUUGUCCUAGGAUAUUUUGUACAUAAAGUGAUACUUGCAGUAUAUUGAUGUCUAUACAGAAUCAGAUUAUAUUCUUCUGAGAUGCUUUUGGACUGAAAACCUAAGACUAGUAGAAAACAUGAAAUUCUUGGUAGGAUUUGUGGUCAGCCAAUGUAAAUACAUGUUCAUUUUCUUUCACACUGCGUUUCAUUUCUCUCUCGUGUAAUACACUAUUAGAUUUAACAAUCCAAACAUGCUUAGAUCUUUUA